AUGGCCCUGUUCGCCCCGCACCGCGAACUGGGACUGGUGAACGCCACCGAUGGCGUCCCGGUCGUCGUGCGCCGACGCGGGACGGAGAGCUACGCGAGCGUGAGCGCGCGAGACGGCUUUUACAUCCUCGAUUGUAAAAAGUUGACGCUCGCGAUGCGGUCGGAACGUCUGGGAGGCCGACCGACGGCGAUCACGGCGCUCGCGACGCGGAAAGAUUGGACGUUUUGUGCGACGGGACGGGUCGUUCGAUGCGUGAAGCGGACGCGGGAGUUGUGCGCGUUGGUGGGGACGCGGGAGUUCCGCGCGCUGCGGACGUUCGGGCAUCACUUGAUAGCGAUCGAUGUCGACGGUGCGGUCACGGCGUGGGACGUGGACGACGACGCGAUGAAAUUGAGGGUUCGUGGGGGGGACGCGGGCGGUGAGAUGGGCGAUGGGGCGGGGAGCGCGUCGGGGAGCGAGAGCGAACGCGAGAGCGCGUUGGGGGCGCGGAGGAUGGACGCGCCGAGGGCGUUUCAGGCGAAUUCUGUGUGUCAUCCGGAUGGGUACGUCGAUAUACUCUUGUUCGGGGGGGAAGAUGGUCGUUUGGCCCUCGUGGACGUGCGCGCGGGGACGACGGUGCGCGAAUUUAAGGGUUGGGGAUCGAGAGUGACGGCGCUGGAGAACUCGCCGGCGACGGAUUUCGUCGCCGUCGGUCUCGAGGACGGACGCGUGCUCCUGGUGAACUUGUUGGAGGAUAGCGUUUUGUUCACGGUCACGCCGGAUCACGGAUUGAAGAUCACGGCGCUGGCGUUUAGGACGGAUGAUCAGGACGACGUCCUGUGCAUCGGCGACGAGAGUGGGCGGGUGACGGUUUGGGAUCUGGAGAAGCGCUCGCUCAGGACGGUCAUCUCGCAGUGUCACGAAGGCCCGGUGGUGGCGCUCAAGUUUUUGGACAGUCAACCGGUGAUGCUCUCGAGCGGGGUCGAUAACUCGAUCAAGGAGUGGAUAUUCGAUCGCGACGACGGCGAAGCGCGAUUGCUCCGCUUCCGCGCCGGGCACUCCAAACCUCCGAUGUGCGUCUCCUUCUAUGGCGCGGGGAAGAAGCUUCUCUCCGCCGGGAACGACCGCACGCUCAGGAUGUUCCACAUGUACCGGGAUCAGCAGAGCAUAGAGCUGAGUCAGAAGAAUGUGGGCAAGCGAGCGAAACGCAUCGGCGUCAACGAGGAGGAGCUCAAACUUCCGCCGGUGACUUCGAUCGCUUCGAAUGAUCUUCGCGAGAAAGACUGGGCUAACGUCGUCACCGCGCACGAGGGUUCGACUAAGGCGUACACGUGGCGCCUCGCGAAGGGCGCGAUCGGUGAGCACGUGUUGCAGUGUCCAAAAGAGGAUGGCAACUACGAGAUCAAGACGACGGCUAUUAGCGCGUGCGGAAACUACGCCUUCGUCGGUGCCGCGAACGGGGCGGUGCACAGAUUCAACUUACAAUCUGGUUUGCACCGAGGGGCGCUCCAGCGCGUCAUCGACGCCGAGGAGGCGCCUCGGAAGAAGAAGAAGAACGGUAACGAAGGGUACAAUUUUCCAGGCGGCAAGCGUUCGUUCUGGGCGCUCGCGAAUCAAGUCGGCGGAAACUCGGACGGGAAGCUGCAAAUCGGCGCCCACGACGGCGAGGUGACGUGCAUUCAGCCGCACUGUGCGAACAGAAGCAUCGUCACCGCGGGCGUGGACGGGUUCGUUCGCGUGUGGAAAUUCAGCGAGUUGAAGCUUGACAUGGAGAUCGACGUCGGGUGCUCCGUUCGGUGCGGGUACUUGCACGAGGACGGUUUAAUCGCCGUCGGGUGCGGUGAUAAACACGUUCGAGUUUUUGAUACGAUGACGGGUAAGCGCGUUCGCACGUACGUGCCUCGCGGGAACUUGGACGACGCGGGAGACGUGAAGAGCGUACAAAUUAGCGCCCACGGUCGAUGGGUCUUGUCCCUCGACACGAAGGGGUCGGUGCGCGUGUACGACAUUCCCGCCGCGAGAUUGCUGCAGCACAUGGAACUCGGCGCGGAAAAGGUUGUCGCGAUGCACUUGUCUCCUCGCAUGGACUUUUUGGCCACCGUACACGAAGGUCACGUCGGUGUGUUCCUGUGGGUGAAUCAGCCGAUGUUUGCAUUCAAGCCGCCGAAAGUCGCGUACGGGCGCAAGGUGUCGAUCGGGUUGCCAAAAAAACACGCACAAUUGGACGGAGACGAUCUGGACGUCGAUGGAUCCAACGAUGACCGCGCGAUCGUGGACGAGGAUGAGGUGUACGUGCACCCGCUGGAGGACGAGGAGGCGGCUGAGGAGCACACGAUUGAAGAGUUGGAGAACAUCUUCAAGGAGAUGUCCACGGCGAAGAAACAGAUUGAACCUGGCAUGAUUACGCUGGCAAACAUACCGGAGACGCAGAUAGACUUACUGCUCAACUUGGAGACCGUGAAAGAGCGGCAAAAAUUGAAGAAGGAGGAGAAGGAACCCGCGAGGGCGCCGUUCUUUUUGCCCACGACGGCGGCGAGCGACGACGUACGACGAUCCAUCUUCGACACCUCCCGGGAGGCUGAGCUCAAUGAAACGUCGACGACGGCGAAUGGAAAAGGCGACGACGACGCGCCGAAGAGUCGAAUUUUACGCCAAGGAACGGAUCUCGCCGGCGCGAUGGCGACGCCUCUCUUGGCUUUGAUUCGCAAGGGCGAGGAAAAGGGCGACUACCUCGAGGCGCUGGAGUACUUGCGAAACGCCACGCCAUCGACAUGCGACGGCGAAAUACGCUCGCUCGGUCCGUGGGAUCACAAGUUCAUGUCCGAGGACGACGUCAAGACGUUGAUGAGCGCCAUCAAAUUUUUUACGCAAACCAUCAAGUCGGGCAUGUACUACGAGUUGGUUAACGCGCUCCUCACGGUGUUCCUGAACGCGCACACCACCGCCAUCAUGCAGUCUCCAGAGCUCGUCGAGGAGUGUCAUCACCUCCGAUCGGCUCUGCACUCGACCUACAGCAGGAUUGACGAUCUUUUCAACGAAGUACAGUGCGCGUUGUCGUUCCACACCGGUCAGUUUGGUGUGUAA